CUACGACUACGAUGCUAUCGAAUUCAAUCGAUAUUGCUGGCUAUGAACGAAGUCGAGUCCAGCUAAUUGACGAAGACCGUGCACUCCGAGUCGAUCAUCCUAGAACAGUCAAAUUCACCGCCGCUGAAAUUGAGGCUGAUCGUAUAGUUCGCAACAUUCGCUCACUGGAAACUCAGUCGAUAUGGGGCGCUGAUCAUGAAGACAUUCCUCACGUGUUCCCUGGAAUGGAAUUUCUAACUGCAAAGGAUAUCAUUGUAAAGACAAAACUCUUUCAGAUAUUAACCAGAAUGCCAAAGGGCGCUCUCCUUCAUAUUCACCAGGGUGCAUCAGUUGAUGCGAGUGUCAUGCUUCGUCUCGCUCUCCAGCAACCUGCCAUUCACAUUAGCUGUCCUAAUGUGAUAAACGCAUCGACAAUACUUUCCACAUCCCCUAGAUUCAAGGCUUUCCCCGAAGAUCGAUAUUUCGAUGCUUAUGGUUUAACUGAGCUUUCGUAUAUACCAAACACUUGGGUUUCUGUCCAAAAAGCAAGAGAAAAUUUUGACUCAGCCCUUGGUGGGCCAGAAGGUUUUGACCGAUGGGUAGUUGGGGCUAUGACAAUCAAUCCCACUGAGGCCUACGGAUCUCACAAUACAGUUAAAAAGAUAUGGCAGAAGUUCGGCGACGCUUUCAUGGUUUUGGAUCCUCUCAUAAGAUUCCUGCCAAUCUGGGCAGAGCAUUUACGAGCGUUCUUAUUGGCCUGCAUUGACGAUGGGAUAUCGUACACUGAAAUUCGUACCAAUACUUUCGCUAAGUGCACUUCUUUUGACCCUGCCUACACGUACGAGAUUGCAGCGGAUGGCCAGUCCUCUGUCUCACGGAGAGAACUUUUCCUCAUCUUUGACAAAGUCGUGAACGAUAUCAGGUCAGAAAUGAAAGUGCAAGGUAGGGGGGAUGAGUUUAUAGGAGCGAAGAUUAUCUACGUCUUGCAGAGAUUUGUGGACAACAAGGCGCUAGAUGCAGAACUUGAGCAAUGCCUUUCUAUGAAAUUGGAGUUCCCUCACUUGAUCGUUGGUUUUGACCUUGUCGGAGAUGAAGAAGCGCACAAGCCGUUGAUUGAUUACCUUGAGCCAUUGCUACGAUUCAAGCAGCGCCAACAAGAGCUUGGUGUGGAUAUACCCUUUUUCUUCCAUGCAGGGGAAACCCUCGGGGAUGGCUCCAAAGCGGAUAUGAAUCUCUAUGAUGCUAUCCUAUUGGGAACCAAACGCAUAGGUCACGGGUUCUCUCUAGUCAAACAUCCGAAAUUAAUGGAGAUCUGCAGAGAAAAGCGCAUAGCGCUUGAAGUUUGCCCUAUAUCGAAUGAAGUCUUGCGCUUGACAUCAUCGAUGCCAAUGCAUCCUCUUCCGAUUUUUAUGAACAAUGGAAUUCCAGUGGUACUCUGCUCUGAUGAUCCGGGUAUCUUCGGUAAUAUGGGACUUUCGUUUGAUUUCUUUCAGGUCUUGGUGUCGAGCGAGGUCACCGGACUGCUGACUCUUGGCCAGAUGGCUCGUGAUAGCAUCGAGUGCUCUACACUCGUCGGAGAGGAAAAACAACGUGCAAUGUUGGCAUGGGAAAGACGAUGGGCGAUGUUCAUCAAGGAGAUAGUCCAGAUGGAGGCAGAGUACCUCAAUUAGUGGUGCUACUGCUGUGUCGAUUUUGACGCCCCCUCUCACGAUUGCUGUCAUAUUGCAACUGGCAUUGACAGACAACCAAUGUUUGUACGACUAUUGUAAUGAUUGAAUUUUUGAACCAUAUGCAUGAGAAGGGCAUGAUGUGGCUGUAAUGUUGGCCCGUGUUUGCCCG